GAAGAAGGCAAUUCAGCUCUGCGCCGUUCAACAGGAUUUAUUGCUCCAAGAGUGUGAAAAACCGUCAAUGUCAUCCUUUAGUUGUUGCUUAAAAUGUUGCUGAAAAGUGACCAUCGGCAUGGCAUUGACUGUGAAGUCAGGCAAUUUGCACAUUUAUAAAGGGUGCAAACUUGGCCAGUUUUACAAAGUGGAAGAUUUCCUUGGUGAGGGCAGCUUUGGAAUUGUUGCCAAAUGCCGUUGCAUAGUGACUGGCAAGAUGGCUGCCAUCAAAGUCCUCAAGAAUCAUCCAGCAAUCAUGCACCAGGCAAGGGAGGAAAUUGCGGUUCUGAAACAACUUCAGCGUCUGGACCCAGAUCAGGCUAACAUUGUCCGCUGGAAUGACUUCUUCUUUAACAAACAACUCAUCUGCUUGAAUUUUGAACUCCUUGAUCAGUGCCUGAAUAUAUUCCAGCAAGAGCAGAAUCUGCCCACUCUUUCCUUAUGUGAAAUGAGUCCAAUUUUGUACCAGAUGGGAACAGCGCUGCUACAUCUGAGUGACAUUGGAAUCGUGCAUACGGACAUCAAAACCGACAACAUCAUGGUGGUGGACCGGCAUCAGCGUCCGCUACACUUUAAGCUGAUUGAUUUUGGUUUGGCUAAAAACGUAAGUGAUCUUAAACCUGGUGACUAUGUCCAGACUUCUUGGUACAGGGCUCCAGAGGUUGUGCUAGGUGGUCCAUUCAAUGAGGCUAUUGACAUGUGGUCUCUAGGUAUUGUAGCGGUGAAGCUCGCUACGGGCUACCACCUUUACCCGGGGGAUUCAGACUACGACACCUUGGCUUAUAUUAUUCAAACUCAAGGUCGGCCAUCGGAGUCCGUGCUGGACCGUGGACUACGAACUAGCGUUUACUUCAAGAAACAGGACACCAGUCCGUACGGUUGGAAAUUUAAGACCCCGAAAGAGAUGGGCUUUGACUAUAUAGAAGUAAGUCCUUUAAAUCUCAAGUCUCUUGAAGAGAUUGAAGUGGUUCAGGAAACCGGAAAGGAGUGCGACCAGCGCGUCUUUAUAGAUCUCGUCACAAACAUGCUACACCUGGACCCGGACCUGCGGAUAAAACCUGCAGCGUUUCUGAAGCAUUCGUUUUUUAAUCCCAGCCAGGAUGAGAAUAAUGAGGACACUACACAGUGGUUGGGACAGACUACUUCUACCACUGAAAGGACAGAAUUGCAAGACAAAAAGGAGACUGAAAUAAAAAUGAGGUCAACAGACAGCUGUUUGAAAAUACUCUACAGAAAGAUUGAAGGGGCUUUUACAGUUAAUUGAAACAAUUGUUCACCAAUAUGAAAGCUGGCAAACCCUUUGCCAAUGAAGUUAACUCAUUGUCUUAUUCCAAUCAAUGUAAUUCAACAAAUGAGCAUAGAAGGACAAAUCACACUGAAUCUACAUUGUGUUUAGAUUGACUUGUUUUAAGUCCACAGUGGUCAUUUAAGGCCACUUGAAAAUAAGAGCUGAGCUGAAAUACUGCUGUCUACUAACAGCAUGUGUUGUCUCAAGGUGAUACUGACACCAGAGUCCAAGCAUUUCUGUCAUCAUCCUUGCACUAGCACCCUCUCUUAUUGUCGUUUUCAAACGCACAUUCCAAGAAAAUACUUUAAUGGCUUUUUCACCUGACGUUAUUCCAAUGAAUUGAGGAGUCUUGUUUUUCUCCACCCCAUUCACAUAUCCUCGAAUAAUUUUAUCCCCCCCUUUUAAAAAAGUCCUUGAAUCCUCAAGCUCAAGUGCUCCUCUUGAAAGCUUAAGUGCUUAAAUGGCAGGGAGGGAAGACAGUGUGGUUCUUCAGUUGACCAAACUGAAUAGAAUGAACUUUUUAGCAUAGGUUUUUGCCAUUUAAAGACUCUGACUCUGGAAUUUUGUUUGGUAGCAACAAAUACCAAACAAUAAUAUACACUCACCGGCCACUUUAUUAGGUACACCAUGCGAGUAAUGGGUUGGACCCCCUUUUGCCUUCAGAACUGCCUCAAUUCUUCGUGGCAUAGAUUCAACAAGGUACUGGAAGCAUUCCUCAGAGAGUUUGGUCCAUAUUGACAUGAUGGCAUCACACAGUUGGUGCAGAUUUGUCGGCUGCACACCCAUGAUGCGAAUCUCCCGUUCCACCACAUCCCAAAGAUGCUCUAUUGGAUUGAGAUCUGGUUACUGUCGAGGCCAUUUGAGUACAGUGAACUCAUUGUCAUGUUCAAGAAACCAGUCUGAGGUGAUUCCAGCUUUAUGACAUGGCGCAUUAUCCUGCUGAAAGUAGCCAUCAGAAGUUGGGUACAUUGUGGUCAUAAAGGGAUGGACAUGGUCGGCAACAAUACUCAGGUAGGCUGUGGCGUUCCAACGAAGCUCAAUUGGUACCAAGGGGCCCAAAGAGUGCCAAGAAAAUAUUCGCCACACCAUUACCCCACCACCACCAGCCUGAACCGUUGAUACAAGGCAGGAUGGAUCCAUGCUUUCAUGUUGUUGAUGCCAAAUUCUGACCCUACCAUUAGAAUGUCGCAGCAGAAAAUCGAGACUCAUCAGACCAGGCAACGUUUGUCCAAUCUUCUGUUGUCCAAUUUCGAUGAGCUUGUGCAAAUUGUAGCCUCAGUUUCCUGUUCUUAGCUGAAAGGAGUGGCACCCGGCGUGGUCUUCUGCUGCUGUAGCCCAUCUGCCUCAAAGUUCGACGUACUGUGCAUUCAGAGAUGCUCUUCUGCCUACCAUGGUUGUAACGGGUGGUUAUUUGAGUCACGGUUGUCUUUCUAUCAGCUCGAACCAGUCUGGCCAUUCUCCUCUGACCUCUGGCAUCAACAAGGCAUUUUCGCCCACAGAACUGCCGCUCACUGGAUAUUUUUUCUUUUUCGGACCAUUCUCUGUAAACCCUGGAGAUGGUUGUGCGUGAAAAUCCCAGUAGAUCAGCAGUUUCUGAAAUACUCAGACCAGCCCUUCUGGCACCAACAACCGUGCCACGUUCAUAGUCACUCAAAUCACCCUUCUUCCCCAUAUUGAUGCUCGGUUUGAACUGCAGGAGAUUGUAUACAUGCCUAAAUGCACUGAGUUGCCGCCAUGUGAUUGGCUGAUUAGAAAUUAAGUGUUCACGAGCAGUUGGACAGGUGUACCUAAUAAAGUGGCCGGUGAGUGUAUAUAUUUUUUCAAUCCAAUCAUGUUUCUGCAACAUACAAGGUUGCCAAAAAACAUAUUGGCCGCUGUAGAUAUUGGACAAUUAUGGCAAGACUGAAAGGAUUGUGAUCUGACUGUUGUAAAAAUUAAACUUUAACACCUAUUACAUAAUUGUACUGAAUGUGUUGCUUAUUUACAACAUGCAAAAAUAGUCCCUUUUCACACUUUAUGUCUGCCACCACUAAAUGUCUGAAGCGUAUCCUAAAUCAAACAUAGCUUUCAUUUUUUUUUACAGGUGGAUGCCACACAUUUACAGAGAACUGCUAUUCAGAUUGCCCUUUCAGUUGUUUUACAAUGCUGGCCAAAAGUAUUGGCAUCCCUGCAUUUCGGUCAGAUAAUGCUCAAUUUCUCACAGAAAAUGAUUGUAAUUACAAAUGCUUGGUAAUAAUAUCUUCACUUAUUUUGCUUGCAAUGAAAAAAAAAAAUUAAAUCAUUAUCAUUUUACACAAAACUCCAAAAAUGGGCCAGACAAAAGUAUAGACCCCCUUUAAAAAACCCAUGUGAUGCUUCUCUAAUUUGUGUAAUUAACAGCACCUGUUACUUACCUGUGGCACAUAAAAGGUAAUGGCAAUAACUAAACCACACUUGCAGCCAGUUAAAAUGGAUUAAGGUUGACUCAACCUCUGUCCCAUGUCCUUGUGUGUAUCACAUUGAGCACGGAGAAAAGAAAGAAAACCAAAUAACUGUCUUUGGACUUCAGAAGCAAAAUUGUGAGGAAGCAUGGGCAAUCUCAAGGCUACAAGUCCAUCUCCAAAGACCUAAAUGUUUUUGUGUCUACCGUGCGCAGUGUCAUCAAUGAAUGUAAAGCCCAUGGCACUGUGGCUAACUUCCCUAGAUGUGGACGAAAAGAAAAAUUGACAAGAAAUUUCAACAAAACAUUGUGCGGAUGGUGGCUAAAGAACCUCGACUAGCAUCCAGACAAGUUCAAGCUGUCCUGCAGUCCGAGGAUGCAAAAGUGUCAAUUCGUACUAUCCGUCGGCGUCUGAAUGAAAAGAGACUAUGGUAGGAUACCCAGGAAGAUCCCACUUCUGACCCAGAGACAUAAAACAAAAUGGCAGUUUGGAGAAGGCACGCUUCAAAUCUCAGAGACCUGGAGCAGUUGGCCAAAGAAAAAUGGUCUAAAAUUCCAGCAGAGCAUUGGAAGCGGUUGUUCGCAGUUAUUUUGUCUAAAGGUUGUGCUGCCAAGUAUUAGGCUGAGGGGGCCAAUACUUUUGUCCGGCCCAUUUUUGGAAUGUUGUGUAAAAUGAUAAUGAUUUAAAUUUUUUUUACUGCAAGCAAAAUAAAUGAAGAUAUUACAACCAAAGCAUUUGUAAUUGCAAACA